AACAUCACUGGGAGAUAUAAGAACAGAAUUGAGACAACCGCUGCCGUGCGGGGUGUGCUUUACAUAAAACAGAAGAAGUUCAACGAUAAACUCACGUACACAUGCCGCGUGAUACAGAAAGGAAACAGGCCUCCGUGUGAUUACACGAUCACAGUCAGAUCUUCAGCAAAUUGCUUGUCCACGACUGUUGGGAAAAGAAUCGACCUGAGCCGUGCGAUUCAUGAAAAAUGUUCAGAGAAAGACGUGGAAGACAUAACAUGGUACAGGAUCCUUCAGGGUGGUGGAAAGGAAAAAAUUGCGCACUGCAGUCCAUCCAGGGUUUCGUGCUUGCUCAUCAAUUGCACAAGAUCGUGCCCGGAGUAUCUAAGAAGGCUGAAGACGAAUGGAUUAUCAGUCAUCUUGACAAAUGUUACGCCUAAUGACCGUGGUUUGAAAUUCCAGUGCGAGGUACAUCCAGGAAUCCACGGGACACGUCAAGCUUAUACCAUUAAGAUCAAAGAGGUCGCUGUACCCCGAGAAGGUACACCAACCAGAACCCCAGAAGUAAUCACAGGAGGGUCUUUACAAGAAGAUGAAAGCAACAGGACAAAACACCGACCCACCAUCCCGCCUAACGUCACGCCAGUAACCUUAAAAUUGACAAAAACACUUUUAUUUCUGUGCUUAAUGUCGGAAAUUUUUACUUUCCCUGGAUAGUAUAUGUAUGGAAGGUGAAUAUACUGCAACAUUUUCGACUUGAAACUGUUGGAUAGAUCUGAUCAAAGGUUCCGUCUUAUCAAGGCACCAGGUGUGGUUAAGGAAUACUCGCUACAGAUUGAAGGGUCCACAAACGAGCCUUUCAACCUGGGAAGUGGAGUUCUUUUGAUCACCAAGAUGUUAUUAUAUGAUGGAACUGCUGUCCAACAAGUAUUUCAUUUUGUUUCGUGUCACAAUUCUACGAAUACAAAUCUUAUGCAGCUUCUUCGCUCACGAACAAUUAUUCACGAACAAUUACUUGCCUGUCGCCAGCCAUAUAAAGAAGAAUUUUGGAUAUUCAGUCCGAAAUAAUUCUUGCCAGAAGAGCGCUAUAUUCUUCUUUUUGAGCAUUAAGACGAAAUCGACUGAGGUCUCGAGUAAUGAAGGGACAAAAAGAGGCCCCGUAGGCAGUCUUUAUCAGUUUCUUUUGACUAGAACAUACCGUCAACUUUUGCGUGGCCUGCAGGUUUUUAAUAAUAAAAAUAUAAACAUUUCUUUAUAAAAUGGAAGUGUUUUCCGCCUUUCAAGGCAAGUAUUUGUAUCAGA